CGAUUUGCUUCGGUAAAGGUAUCCAAUUCCAAGAAUGUUUAACAAACACAGUUUUCCCAAUCAUAACUUUUGCUGUUCUUUUUUAUAUCAUAAAACAAUAAAUGGAUUACGCUGGUUUUAUGGAGGAGAACCUGUCGUGAACAGUUGGCAGCUCAGCGACCGCACACAACUUGCUUUACGGCAAACAAGAGGAGCAUCAGGUUGAACAUUUGCCCAUGCAGUGCUAGCAUGAUUUCUGUGAAGACAUUGAGCUUUUAAACCAUUUAAUUGUGUUUUUAGAAAAGCGACUGCAAAGUUUAACCUCCAAAUGAACUUAAGCUCAAGACGUUGUAGUCCUGAUUUGACUUUAUUACCACUGACCUGCUAAAUUAAAGCUCAUUAAGGAACAGAUUAACGAGUACAAUAGGUGCACGAACAUCUGAAUUCAGGGAUGGAUAAAGACUCGUCAGGUUCGAGAAACCCAGCAGGAUUCGGUCUGUUUGGAUCUGCUGGACCACAGUAUUCAAAGGCAGAGCUCGCCGGAGUGCCACUGACAGGCAUGAGUCCAAUCUCUCCAUAUCUUAACGUGGACCCCAGGUAUCUCAUACAGGAUACCGAUGAGUUCAUUUUACCCACUGGAGCAAAUAAAACAAGAGGACGAUUUGAGCUGGCCUUCUUUACGAUUGGAGGGUGUUGCAUCACAGGUGCUCUAUGUGGGGCUGUGAAUGGACUUAGAAUGGGCUUGUCUGAAACUAGAAACAUGGCUUGGUCCAAACCUCAAAAUGUGCAAAUCCUAAACAUGGUGACCCGCCAAGGUGCCACAUGGGCAAACACAUUGGGUUCAGUUGCUCUGCUUUACAGUGCGUUUGGGGUGAUCAUAGAGAAAGCCAGAGGAGCAGAGGACGACCUGAACACCAUCGCUGCAGGAACAAUGACUGGCGUCCUCUACAAAUCUCCAGGUAUCAUGUAUUAUACAUUUAUUACAUUUUGUUAAGGAAGCAAGAAUGUAGGGGAAGGUUCAACAAUAAUAUCUACUUCCUUUUCAGCUGAAGACUUCAUAGAGCAGUGUUUCUCUACCACGUUCAACCAGGGUUUUUCAUCCACGUUCCAUCCAGCUCUGCACGUUUUCCAUGUCUCCUUCACCAAACACACACAGAUCAUCAGCUCAGCAGCAGAGACUGAAAGAUUUGUAAAGGGUGUGACAGACAAAGGAGACAUCCAAAGCAUGCAGUGUUGGUGGGCCUUAAGGAACGUGGUUGAGAAACACUGUCAUAGAUGACAAAAGGGAAACAUUUUUAGAGCUGAUAAAAAAAAGCUCAUUCCCAGCCACUAGACAUUACUGACAGGGUAUUCGAGUGUCAGACUGUUGUCGGACUGCUGUACAGGAGUUAUUAUAGAUUAUAGAUAGUGAAAUUUAGCGAGGGUUAAGGAGUAGAAUUGGGAUUGGGCUUAAAUCAAAAUUUUCUUUACAAAAUUGAUUUUUUUGAACAUAUCAUCUUGAAUAAAUGCAUCGUUGUGAUGUAAAUUACAUGUAAAAUGUGUUAUUAAUUAACCUUAGAGCUCAUGCUCAAAAGGUUUAGAGAUAACUCUUAAAAAAUACAGUUGAAGUCAGAAUUAUUCGCCCUCCUGUUUUUCAAAUAUUUGCCAAAAGAUGUUUA